AAUGAGAGAAAAUGAUUGGUUUUUAAAUCAGAAGAGAAAUCUAUUAUUAAGAUGUUUAACAUUUAUCAGAGGUGAUAUUAAAGGGAGAGUAGCAUUCUUUAGAGAUCAAUAUGAAUCUUCGAGAUCUUAUCUGCCUAAAACGGAUUUAAUUCAUCAAAUAGAGGAGAAGAAUAAUAAAAAUGAUAAUGAACCAGUUCUUUACGAACCAUCCGAUAUCCUUUUAUUAACAAAUAUUGAAUUUCUGACGAUUGAUACGUUCUUUGAACGACUAUACGAUUUGGCAGAAGGUUGCAGUAUUCGAGUAUUUCAGGGAAGCGGAAUAUUUAGAUCUAUUGAUGAUGGAAUAUCGCAAUUGAAGAGAAGGAAGGAUAUUAUAUCUGAUAGUCGAACUGCCCUUGGAUUAGCUCAUUCUAAGAAAAGGGAUAGAUACAGCUUCGGUGAAAAGUUAAAUAGGCAGGUUCACGAGUAUAUGAAAGUGGUUUUAACAUUUUAUGAUAAGGAUCAACAUUCAUUGGACGAAGAUAUAAGGAGGGUGGGUUUCCAAUGCACGGCUUCAGAGUAUGAAAAAGUAAAUCUUAACGAUUUAGAGGAAUCUAUCAUAUCUGAUUCAGAUAAAGAAGAUACAUUUUCAGGAUCCUACAAAAGUUCAAGAAGCGAUUGGAUGGAUUCAAAUCUCGUUCAGAACAAUGUUGUCUUCUCUAAGAGGUACCAUUACAGAAGAAUUGAAGAACAGGAUGAAGAAAAAUAUCAAUAUCAUUUUCCAAUUAAAGAAUGGUUAGUUUUGGACGAUAAUGAAAUCAAUGAACACGUAUGCAGUCCACCAAAAGAUCCUACUGAUUCAAUACCUUUAGGGAAACAUUCGAGUUUAGUCUUCGAAAGUCAAGUUGUACCAAGACUUAUCAAAUCUUCUCUAACAUCGUAUAGAAAGAAGGAAAAUCAUAAAAAUCAUUCACCGGAGCAAUCUUUAACGAAUUCUUUGUCCAAAAUGAAAAAGCUAUCACUUUUGAAUAAAGCCGAAUUGUACAUUAAGACAAAAAACAAAUCCAUUGGAAUGAAGGAGAUGUAUCACGAUUGGAGUGAAAUACUCGACGAAGCCGUAAAACUAGGCUCAUCGUUCUAUCAUCGACCUUCAACAUCAGGCGAAAUCUAUUCAAUAAAUUCCAAAAAUUCCGGAAUAACACCAUCAACUUACCAAAAGGGAAUUAAUUUGAAAAUAAGAGAGAGAGAAGAAGGUGAAAGGGACGCAAGCCAAAAUAAUAAUUUAUCAGUAAGAGUUCUCAAGAGAAUGAAAGGAAUGCAUAACUUUAGUAGAAUAUCUAAAAAUUAUAGCUCUCAUAGAUUACGAUGCUUUUGCGUAAAACGAUUAAGAGAGCAGGAACACCUCAGAGCUAUUGGAUACUGUAAGGAUAUGGCGGUAGACGAAAUCGAGCAAAUCAGACCAAAAAGUGAAACUAAACGGUUAAUUUACCCAGCAUUUCAACGCCAACCACCUCUGGACGCAUGUCAGUACUCAACGAUGAGUGCGAUGGCUUUCAAUUUACCUCAUAUCUAA